AUGCCCCGACCAAAGCGCCAUCUUCAUGCCACGGUGGAAGACACCCUCACUCCGCCCGAUUCCCUCCCGGAAACUCACGUCAUAGCGCGCAUUGACAAAGCCGCCGGCAGCAACUUAUACAACGCUGAGCAGGCUGACGGCAAAACCCUACUCGUCGAACUCGAGCCAAAGUUCCGCUCCACAAUAUGGAUCAAACGCGGAAGCUAUGUCGUUGUGAAUACUGCAGCGCUGGCAGAUCGCGAGAAUAAAUUGGACGGGGAGAUUGUUAAUGUGGUGAGAGAUGAGAAAGCCUGGAGAAAGACGGCGUAUUGGUAA